AUGGACUCAAUCAGACGAGCGUUCAGAUCGAUGUUCAAACGCGGGAAGAGAGACAAGCAGGAGCAAAGUAGAGAGACGUCAAGGCCAGCCGUCUCGCAAGGUUCAGCUGCACUACCAAAGAAGGCACCGCAGGCGGUAGCGUCAGGUCAGCAGCAGCCACCGAGAAAUAUACCACCAACCCAUCCACUUGCGACAGGGACGCAUGACAAACCUCAACCAGCAAUUCCGCAAGCAGAUCGUACGAAACCAGAUAGUACGCCUGUAGCGACAGUCGCUGGAGGGACAGGAGGUGAAGAAGAAACAAAGAUGGAGCCUCUUUCGUUCGCCAGGCCGCAGCCGGAGGAGCCGGCGAGGACGGUGCAGUUCUCCGCCCAAAAGGAUGGCAAACCGCCAGCACCGCCACCGAAUAAAGAUACUGCAGAUGAUGUGGUACAAAUUUCAUCAGGCGAGGUGGUGGCGGCAACGACCGCGAUUCCUCAACCAGUUUCGUUGCUAAAUCCUCCAACGAGCGAGCAACAGCAAAAGCUGGUGGACCCGGCGUCCAAGGAGAACGAAACACCAAGAAGCAUAUCUGCAGUGGAGGAUAAAAUCCCUGUGAUGCAUGAGCCACCGCCUAUACGAGCCGUCCGCGCUGCACCCGGCAUGAGUGCGACCUCUGGGCCUUUGGAAGAUUUCCCCGAGGGUAGCUAUUGA